AUGUGGUGUGUGUGCUUUUCUCCGGUGGAAGUUCUUGUGAGCGUGCAAUCUCAGCCCAGACAGCCCCAUGUGAAAUGUGGCACAAGUCCAGCUCGGGCCGUCCUGCCGCAGCUGUCCUCUGGCAUGUCACUGGGCGCGUCACUGGGGCUUGACCACCACUACCGUACCACCAUGGCGGACCAGUACCAAUAUAAUGCCAACGAGGAGAAGAUUCUGAAGGACAGCCACACCAAGGAGAUUGAUUUGAUAAACAGGGAUCCAAAGCUAAUCAAUGAAGACGUUGUGAAGGUGGAGUUCGAGGAUAUCAUCGCUGAGCCUGACGGCACACACAGCCUGGAUGGGGUCUGGAAACUUAGCUACACCACCUUCACCGUCUCCAAGUACUGGUGUUACCGCAUCCUGUCAGCCAUCUUUGGGAUCCCUGUGGCCCUUUUGUGGGGCUUCCUGUUCGCCUGCAUCUCCUUCUGCCACAUCUGGGCUGUGGUUCCGUGCAUCAAGAGCUGCCUGAUUGAGUCUCAGUGUGUCGGCCGAAUCUACUCGCUGUGCAUCCAAACAUUCUGCGACCCAUUUUUUGAGGCCUUGGGGAAGAUUUUCAGCAGUGUGCGUGUGGCGCUGAGAAAGGAGUCUUCAGAAGUUCAGUGA